AUGGGUAUAGGAUCAUCUUCAACACCAACCCUUAUAACAGAAUUAGCACCACCUGAAGCUAAAGUUACAGGCAUUUUCACCUAUCCGAUUAAGUCAUGUCGUGGCAUUUCGCUUCCUCAUGCUCCUCUCACUCCUUUUGGAUUUCGAUGGGAUCGACAGUGGGUGGUUGUGAACUCAAAAGGGAGAGCACGCUCUCAAAGAGUUGAACCAAAGCUUGCUUUGGUUGAGGUUGAACUUCCACCUGAGGCUUUUCUUCAACACUGGAAACCUACCACUGAUUCCUUCAUGGUGGUGAAAGCACCUGGAAUGGAACCUCUCAAAGUUUGUUUGAACAAACAGAAGUAUGAAGUAGUAGAUGAUAUUGGUUUGUGGGAAUGGACUGGCCCCGCUUGGGAUGAGGGAGCUGAAGCAUCACAGUGGUUCUCGGAUUAUUUAGGAAGUCCAUGUAGAUUGGUCCGCUUCAAUACCAGUUCAGAAGUUAGAAAUGUAGACCCUCGUUAUGUUGAGGGACAGCAAUGGAUCUUCUUCAGUGAUGGUUAUCCAUUCUUACUCGCAUCUCAGGAAUCCUUGGAUGCACUAAACAAGCUUCUGGAGGAACCAAUACCUAUGAAUCGUUUCAGACCCAAUAUCCUUGUUGAAGGCUGUGAACCAUAUUCUGAAGACUUUUGGAGAGAUAUCCAGAUAAGCAGGUUUUCAUUUCAGUGUGUCAAGCUGUGUGCCCGUUGUAAGAUACCACAAGUCAAUCAAGAGACAGCAAUAUAUGGAACUGAACCAACGGAAACUCUCAUGAAAGUUAGGUCUGGCCAUGUUUUGCGACCAAAUGAAAAUAACAAAAACAAGGUCUACUUUGGUCAGAAAACAGUGUGGAACUGGAAGGAUUCUUCUGGUAAAGGGGAUGGAAACGUGCUUAAAUUGGGAGAUCCCGUUUAUAUUAUCAAAAAAUAUCCUUCUCUAGCAGAAGCAGCAGCUUAA